GAUUCGAGGUCAGAGAAGUCUCUAUCAUGCUAUUUCAUCAGUAUAAAAAGAUCACAAAAAGCGCUUACUGUCUGUCUUUCCAUUUCGAUAAUUUAGCAGAGAGAGAGAGAGAGAGAGAGCGAGCGAGCUCGAUCUGGAGCUGAAAUGAACGAGGCCGCGGUGAAUUUCCUGCUAGGAAACGUCCAGCAGUUGCUGCUAUACCACAUUCGUUUAAUCAAAGGCGCCAGGGGUCAAGUCGAGCGGCUGGAGCGGGAUCUACGCCUAUUCAAAGCCUUCCUCGAGGACUCCGCCAAAAAGAGGCGAAAGGACAACUGCUUCCGAGAGGCCGUCCGCCAAAUAGGCGACGUCGUUUACGCUGCUGAGGAUACGAUUGACGCCUUUGUCACUCUGGCUAUCUGCGAUAAAGACAAAGACAAAGGUAUUUUCGAUUACUUCUUUAAACUUUUCAAAAAACCGUUGGAUCUCCAUGAAAUCGCAAGUCAGGUAGCGCCCGUCCGCGACAGCGUUAAAGAGAUCUACGACAAGUAUAAGGACGAGUUUGCUAGAGUCAAUGGCGCCGAUCGUGGUGCUGAAGAAACUGAGGCUCCCCUGGCUGUACAAAAAAAUGUUGUUGGUUUUGAAGAUGAGGCUCGUAAGAUAAUAGGAUAUCUUACUGAAGAGAAACAGGAGCUUGAUGUCAUAUCUGUUAUUGGCAUGCCUGGACAAGGAAAGACCACACUAGCUGGGAAGAUUUUCCAUGAUGAAAAAAUCCAGUACGAGUUCCCAACUCGAAUAUGGGUUUAUGUUUCUCAGCAGUUCUCCAAGAAGGAUAUCUAUCUGGCCAUUCUCAAAGAGUUUACAAGAAUCGAUGACAACGUGCGCCGACAACAUGAUCGGGAUUUGGCUGAACUAGUUUCUUCCCAUCUGCAGAGUGGGAAAUACUUGAUUGUGAUGGAUGAUGUGUGGACAACUCAGGAUUGGGAUAAAAUCCAGACUGCCUUACCAAAAGCCUUUAGUGGUGGUAAGGUAUUGAUCACAAGCCGUCAUGGAGAUGUAGCCCGACACGCUAAUAAACAGAGACCACCCCACAAUCUACGUCCCUUGACUCAAGAGGAGAGUUGGGAGCUGCUCCAGUACGAGGUAUUUGGAAAGCCCGAGUGUCCCUCCGAAUUGGUAAAUCUCGGUAAGCUGAUUGUCAAGCAGUGUGAUGGGUUACCACUAGCCAUAGUGGUAAUAGGAGGCAUUCUUCUCAACCUGUUUGCAGAGUCAGGUGAUCCGGCCGCGAGGAAAGUUGCAUGGGAAAGAGUAUCUAACAGUGUGAGUGCAUACCUGAAUGAGGAUCCGCAACAACGAAUGGAAAAACUUAUUGGAUUGAGUUAUGACAAUCUGCCUUACCACUUGAGAGCUUGCUUUCUGUAUCUGGGGAUGUUCCCUGAAGGCUUUAAGAUCCCGGCAUGGAAAUUAAUCAGGUUGUGGAUCGCAGAAGGAUUCAUACAACAAAAGGAUGGUAUCACCCUGGAGGAGACUGCUGAAAUCUAUUUGGAUGAACUUAUUAACAGGAACUUAAUGAGAGUAGACAAGAGGAGACCUGAUGGCAGAGUUAAAACAUGCAAUAUCCAUGACAUGUUGCGGGAUUUCUGCAAAACUGAAGCCGGAAGUGAAAGGGAGAACUUUAUCCAAGAAAUAAGGAUGACACCUGAAGGAUUUCAGCCUCGAGUUGAUACAGUAGGAAAUUAUCGCCGUAUUUGUAUACAUUCCAACGUUGUGAAUUUCAUCACUAUGGAACCUUGUGGUCAGCGUGUUCGGUCUUUUGUUUGUUUCUCCAAUGAGGAAGCUGGUUUGCCACCGGAAAACACUUCAUCCAUCCUUGCAGCUUUUAAACUGCUUCGAGUUUUGGAUGUCAAGCCGAUCAUAUUUGAGAAACUCUCGAGUGACAUGUACAAAUUAAUGCAUUUGCGGUACAUUGUCCUGUCCUUCAAGAUGUCGAUUCUUCCUGCAGCCUUUGCCAAGCUCUGGAACAUAGAAACUCUUGUUGUUGAUACAUCACAACGCACUCUCGAGAUCAAAGCUGAUAUUUGGAAGAUGAGACAGUUGAGGCAUCUGAAGACGAAUGUAUCGGCUACUUUGCCUAAGGUUGGAAAGAGUGACACAGAAAGUGGAAAGCUUCAAACACUGGGUAAAAUUUCACAUGAAAGUUGCACAGAAGAAUUUUUUGACAGGGCUCGAACAUUGAAACAAUUGUGCAUUUGCGGAAGGCUAGCUUCGCUCCUGAAUGGCAAGGCCAUUUCAUUUAAUGGUUUGGAGAAACUUGGCAGUCUUGAAAAGCUGAAGCUUCUGAAUGAUGCAUGGCCUAGCGCUGCUUCGGAAAGCAAGUUGUGCGGCCUUCCUCGGCCGUAUCAAUUCCCACCAAAGCUGAAGAGCCUUACAUUGGCGCAUACUUUCCUCGAUUGGAGUCAUAUGUCCAUCCUUGGAUUGUUGGAGAAUCUUGAGGUACUGAAGCUGAAAGAUAAAGCAUUCUCGGGGAAGAUCUGGGAGGCGAAAGAUGGAGGUUUUCGCCGUCUGGAAGUCCUGCACAUUGCCCGCACUGAUUUAACUUUCUGGAUGGCCUCACAUCAUCAUUAUCCGCGACUUAGACACCUUGUGUUGCACAACUGUGAGGAACUUAAAGAAGUUCCAAUAGGUCUGGCUGAUAUUCCAACUUUUGGACACCUGGAGUUGCACCAUACUGCUGAUGCAGUUGACUCCGCCAUUAAAAUUCGCAAAGCCAAACAACGAAAAGGGCAAGAGCCAAACACUAGUGGUGCAUUCGAGCUCAAAAUUUUCCCUCCUCACAUUCAAACUUGACUGGUACACCAUGCAAGGCAAGCUGCCCCCGAGCUUAGAGACGACGCCUGAUCUAUGUCAUCCCGACUGGUGAGCCCCAAUCUGUUGCCCUCCUGUGUUUUGAAGCACUGCAUUUGGAUUUGUAUCAAUGUGUUGUUUGUGAGUCAAUCAUGUUAUUCAAUUCAAGUAAACUAUUGCCUGUUUCUUGUAUUAAUUGUGACAUUCUCAUUCAAGUUUAGCAUUGUUUCUAGUA